GUUUGUAUCUGAGAGAGUGAGUGAUAAGAGAUCUAAGCAAACAUCAAUGUGGUUUUAAAGGAUGCUAGUCUCUGCAUCAAUACAGUACACAGUUCUUCUUCUGAGGGUCUUUGAAAGAAGUAUAGUAGACACCCUGCACUGAGAGCGAGAGAACGAGAGAGAGAGAGAAAGAGAGUGAGAAAGAGCGAGAGAGAGAGAGACAGAGAGAACGACAUCCAGUCCACAUGACCAGUUCUUUUGGGCUCUGAGGAAAACAACUACAGGAACGUGAGCCAUCUGCAAUCAUGGACUUUGUGAUGAAACAGGCGUUGGGGGGGGCCACCAAGGACAUGGGUAAGAUGCUGGGGGGCGAGGAGGAGAAGGACCCCGACGCGGCCAAGAAGGAGGAGGAGCGGCAGGAGGCGCUGAGGCAGCAGGAGGACGAGAGGAAGGCCAAGCACGCCCGCAUGGAGUCGGACAGGGAGAAAGUACGGCAGACCAUCCGGGACAAGUACGGCUUGAAGAAGAAGGAGGAGAAGGAGGCGGAGGAGAAGGCGGCUAUGGAGCAGGCGUGCGAGGGCUCUCUGACGCGCCCCAAGAAGGCCAUCCCAGCCGGGUGUGGAGACGAAGACGACGAAGACGAGCAGAGCAUUCUGGACACCGUGCUCAAGUUUCUGCCCGGGCCGCUGCAGGACAUGUUCAAGAAGUAGAAGCAGUCUGUAUGUACGCCCAAACAAACGCUCUCACGCCCAGGGGAGUCGCUCUGGUCAAGCCUGGGCUGGGUGGAGGGGAAAGAGGGGGAUU